CUAUUUAGAAAUUCCCCCCACUUACAUUUUUUUUUUGUCUAAAACCAUUGACUUGAGUCAAAAUGGACAUUACAUGCCCCCUUUUAAGUCGCUUAGAAGAGCUGUGAGGAAUUGUUCCCACUUCAACAAACCUUUUGAGGAGUACAUACUCAGCAGCAUAGUAAUUUUGGAAAGAAGAUUAUCACCAACAGAAGUAAAGAACUUCAAAGAAAAUGAACAAUUUAGUUGCUAAUGUUAGUGGAUUAGGAUUUUCUAAGCAAUCUAAGAAAGAGCUUCAAUGGGAUGCCAAGGAAAUGGACAAUAAACAAUCUGAGCUACAAGAGUCUUCAAAUUCUCCUUCAUGGAUUGCUAUGUAUUUGCAAAGUACUUGUGAUUUGGCAGCUAUUCCCCGUUUGUUCUUUCACAGACUUCAAGUGUUGGAUUUGUCCCAUACCAACAUCAAAGCAUUACCACAUUCUCUUCCCAACAGCUUGUUUGCACUAAAGAAACUCUUGUUAAGAAGGUGUAAGCUCUUCAUGAAACUGUCACCACAUGUUGGGAAACUCGACAAUCUCGAGGAGCUUGAUCUUGAUGAAACUGAGAUAAUCAGUAUUCCCAUUGGUAUUGGAAAACUAAUGAAGUUAAGAGUCUUGAAGGUAUGCAUUUAUGGACAGACAAACUUCAGCAAAAGAAAGCAGUUGCCAUCAAACAUGGUGCUUCAUCCUGGGAUGAUAUCGAAGCUCUCCCGCUUGAUCGAAUUAAGCAUUGAUGUUGAUCCAUCGGACAAGUGGUGGCAUGAUUCUGUGGAAGAAGUUGUAAAAGGAGUAUGCAACUUAGAGGGGUUGAGGAGCCUUUGCUUGUAUCUACCAAAUUACCAACUUUUAGAUUAUACUUCAUUCAUAUAUCCUUCAUUAUCAUGUUUCAGAUUUACUGUUGGUCAUCAUAAAAGGAGAACAAUCUCUCGUGUACCCCAUGAAGUAGAAGCCCAAUUCACAAAAUGGGACAAAUGUUUGAAGUUUGUGAAUGGUGAAAACAUCCCAUUGCAAGUAAGAAAAGUACUUAAGUUUACUUCGUCGUUUUUCUUGGACCGCCAUGAAAAUGCUUCGAGUUUAUCUCAAUUUGGGAAUGAGAACAUGGCAAAGCUGAAGUUUUGCUUGUUGGUCGAUUGUAAUAAGAUGGAAACAAUCAUUGAUGGAGCUGAAUUUGAAAACGUUCUCGAAUCACUACAAUAUUUGAGAAUUCAUUACAUGAAGAAUUUGAGAAGCAUAUGGAAAGGACCACCUCGUUCUGGUUGUAUGUCUAAGUUAAAGUUCUUGGCAUUGAAUACAUGCCCCAAGCUGAGCUACAUUUUCUCACAUGUUUUGCUCAGAAAUUUUGUCAACUUGGAGGAGAUUAUUGUGGAGGAUUGUCCCCAAGUGAGCAGCCUUGUAAGUCAUGUACCUGCCCUACCAUAUUUAAAACCUUUUCUCCCGAGUUUGAAAAGGUUGUUUCUUCUUUACCUCCCUGAACUGGUCAGCAUUUCAAAUGGCCUAUCCAUUGCACCAAAAUUAGAGAGAAUAGGCUUCUAUGAUUGCCCAAAGCUAAAAGUCCUAUCAAAAACGGAGUUGUCAAGCAAAGCUCUUAAAACAAUCAAAGGAGAAAAGCAGUGGUGGGAAGAUAUAAAGUGGAAUAAAAUAGAUUGGGAAAAUGGGCCACGUAAUCUAAUGCGUAUUUUCUCUCCAAUCAAUAAUGAAAAAGAUGUGAUGGCACAGUUGUUAGAAGACAGAAAUAUAUUCGAAGCCCAACAAUCAGAUUGUAUGGUGAAGUCAAUGCCAUUGAAUGGCUUACGCAUUCCUUCAUCCCUCACUCUACCUCGAUUAACCGUCACUCGACGGUUGAAUAUACAGGUUGAAAAUACAAGAGGGUUCUUGAAAACAUCAGGGCAGCUUUCAGAUUUGGUAAACAAUCCAGGUUACAACGAGCAAAAGAUUAGUUCAGUGGGCGGCUCAAACAGCAAAGCAAUCAUCAGCGGUGCAAUGCCCUCCAUUCCAACUCGUUACCAAAGUCUAAUGCGUAGAGAUUGGCUCACAUUUUGCCAGUAUUUGAACAACCACAGGCCUCCGAUCUCUGUUUCUAUGUGCAAUGCUGCACAUGUCCUUCAAUUCCUUCGGUAUCUUGAUCAAUUUGGCAAAACCAAAGUCCACAUCUCGGCUUGCUCUUUCUUCGGCCAAUCUGAGCCGCCUGGUCCUUGCGGGUGUCCCCUCAGACAGGCCUGGGGAAGCGUUGAUGCACUUGUUGGUCGACUCGCCAGCUCUUAUGAGGACCAGGGAGGGAACCCGGAGGUGAAUCCUUUUCGAGCUGGAGUUGUGAGGAUUUACUUGAGGGAGGUCAGGGAUGCUCAGAAUAAAGCUAGAGGUAUUAGCUAUAAAAAGAGAAAGAAACCUGAGAUAAAGGUAGCAAGCACCACCACCACCACCACCACCACCACCACCACCACCACCACCACUCAUUUUUGGAUGCCAGCACAAGCAAAGACAAUAUCGUGAAAAGCUCGAGCAUAGAACAAACUCAUAAAAGUUCGAAAGCCGUAUAAGCAUGAGUCUCAACGUGUUCAUCCGUUAAAACGAGCUAAAGGAAAUGGUGGGCAAUUUCUCAACACAAAGAAACUCCAACAGUCCAAGAGCACUCCGACAAGCCACGGACCAGACAUGUCCAGGUCUCCUCAGCUGCAUUUGCCUGCAAACAUCUCCAAACCAGAUGUACAUCAGCCGAAAAAUUUCAAAGAUUCAGGUUCGGCUACCUCUUGCUCCGAUGUCAGAAGUCCCUCCAACAGUGAUGAAAUGUUUCAGCAGCCAGAUUUCAGGUUCUCUAGCUAUCCUCCCGAUCAUACUGGUGAAGCCAUGCCUUGUCAAGCUGGAAAUAUCCAUGGUGAUGGGAACCUCCAUCACCAUUCCUCUCUCUUCCAAUAGACGAGCGAACAGAUUCUCAUCUGCGCAGUCCAUAUUUGGUGCUCCGAUGAAAAUAUGGCUGCUCUGUUACCAUCGGAAGUCAUCCUUGGCUGUGUUUACUAUUAUUUAGGCUGUAAUUACAAACUCUUAGAAAACACGAACAUACUGGUGGAAAUUAUUAAGAUAACUGCAUGCCUUGCGGUACAUUUGAGCUUGAAUUCCAUA